CCACAAUAACCAUUUAAACACAGAGUCACAGAAACCCUGAGCUAUGAACAAAAACCUAACCUGAACUGUAAUUAGGAGCACAGUUACGAUAUUAAAUUAAGUUCGAUCAUGGCUGCUAAACGCAGUCUGCCGUCCUGGAUGUGUGCGCGUGAUUCUGGGAGCUCGGCGGGGAGAGAGAGAACAGGAGUAAACAGAGAGAAAAGACCUGAGAGGACCAUGCUGUACUGGAUGAACGAGCGAGAGCUCGUGGAAACAGCCCUCAGCGUUUUAAUGACAAACACAGUGAAGACAGGUGUAGCUUGUCCAGCGGCAGCUGCAGAAGUCAGUGUUAUUCCAGAGACAGAUACAGAAGAGGAUUCAGACCUGGAUGCCAAGGAGAGAAGCUGUGGAUCAGAUUCCGAUGUUGAUGUUGCUGAGCAGCAGACUGUACCAUACAUCACUAGUACAGAGAAAGGGAGGUUAAGUGGAAGAUCAGACAGUGCUGGUGACCACCAUUCCACUUCACAUUCACGGGACAUGGAGAAGGAUCCAGAGCUUGAUGACGAUUCUCAGAGGACUAAGAGUGAUCCUGAAGCCAUGCAGCUUGUUCGAGAGAUCUUUUUCAGCUGAGAACAUUUACAGACUUUCGGAAGGGGAUUGGAACUGUAUUAUCUUGGGCAACAAAUUUAUGUUUUGGAUUUGACAACAAUCAGGGUCAAGUAUGGAGGCUUUGUCAUGAGCACGCCAAUCCUGCCUUUGCAGUGGAGUGACAGAAUGCCCCAACUGCUUGUGUGAAGAUCUGGAGAGUCAUCACAUACAUGACAAGGGCAGCGAUACGAUUCCCAUACAUAAGCUCACAGAUGCCUUGUGCUGAAAGACAUCUACACACCCAGAAGGAGCAAAGGCCAAUUGUGCUCUCUCAGAGCUCUGGCAGCUGAUGGCAAGCUACAUGACCAGGAUUCGAACCAUCUCCUGAUCAUAGUGGCAGCGCUUUAGACUGGUGCACUAAUUAAGGAUUUUUUCCCCAGACACUGAAUAUGCUGUCCAAACAGAACUGGAUAUACUGAUGCCUAAACGUUAGAAAAGAAGGCAUGGGGCUCUGAAGUAGUUGGUUCAAUUCCCACAGUAUUCAUAACCAUGGUGCCCUUAAGCAAGACAUCUAGCCUCGAAAUGCCCCCAGGGUGCUGAGGUGGCCGCAGCAGUUGAAAUCUGUGGUACUGCUGGGCAAUGUCUGUAAAGUGUUUCUAAUUUUAGACACAUGAACAUUUUUACUUAUUUUUGUUGCCUGUCUGGUUAUUUCCUUCUUCUGUACCCAGAUCAGUCAAAACAAACAAAAUGUGCCUAAAAAAUAAAAUGAACAGAAAAUAAAUGACCAAUGUGUUCAACCAGA